AUGCACGGUGUUGUGACCGGGAGGGGCCGGGCCGGACCCCACCAGCGCCCGCCUCCUCCUUCGGGGCCGGGCGCCGUGGUGCCGAGCCGCUCCGAGCCGAGCCGUAUGGAGGAGCAGCUGCUCCGCGCUCUGGGGGGGCUCAGCUUGCAGCCCCCGCCCCGCCGCUCCCCGCGGCGCUUCGGCAAAACGCUGGUGCUGCUGCGGGGUCUGCCGGGCUCCGGGAAGAGCACGCUGGCCAGACAGCUGAAAUGUGACUAUCCCAGCGCUGUAGUUCUUAGUACUGAUGACUUCUUUUCUAGAAAUGGUGUAUAUGUGUUUGACCCUGACUUCCUAGAGGAUGCACACAAAUGGAACCAGAAGAGAGCACGCAAAGCAAUGAAGAAUGGGAAAAGCCCGGUUAUUAUUGAUAAUACCAACAUCCAUGCUUGGGAAAUGAAGCCAUAUGUGAUGAUGGCACGUGAAUAUAGCUAUGAAGUUAUAUUCCGAGAGCCAGCUACGCCCUGGAAGUUCAAUGUUCGAGAACUGACCAGAAAAAAUAUCCAUGAUGUCCCUCGACAAAAGAUACAACAGAUGAAAGAACAAUAUGAGCAUUAUGUUACCUUCCACAGUGUUCUUCACUCUGAAAAACCAAGCAGAGAAGACCAGAGCUCCCCUGGACCAAAUGCAGCCUAUGGCCUGGGUGCCUGUGCCAACCCCCCUGCAGCCUUCUCAAGCAGAAGACCUCGCACGGCACAUACAAACAACCUGGUGUUUUACUGAAGAGGUGCAUUCCUCUGUGUGCUUUUGUUAUCAGGGUGUAACAAUCUCUAGUUUUACAUUUUUUUUUCUAAACUAUUUUAUUCUUCUAUUUUUCUACUACUUUUCUAAAUGAGACUUUUAUAUCUGAAGUCAUUAAGUGUCACUCCAAUCUGAGUGAUCCAAGACCACUGUCCCUUGCACAAACUGGACAACCUCAUCUCUUCCUUUACUGCAAUGCAUUCAUGCUCAUGGCAAAAUGUGUUACUGGCUGAGCCUCACAUUUGUUUUUCCUUCAUUGCUCUUUCACUUACAGAUAACACCAAACAUUCCUAGAUUCUUACAGACUGUGUGGCCAAUUCCUUCCCUGUGCAGUGGUCACCUCCUGCUAUUCUACUACUUUAUGAUUUUAUGCAUCUUCCCACUCCUUGUCUGGAGCAUUGCUUCUAGCUUUGAGAGAGGUACAAGCGCUAAGAUACUAAGAUUUGAUCUUCCGCCUCUUUACAUCUGCUGCCUGGAGUUAUGCUGUUCUUACCUUAGCUCUAAUGCACCCAAACAGCAUCUCCAGCAUCAAGGAGAAAAACACACCAAACUGUGCCUUUAAUCUUGCAGAGAGUGGACUGCCAGAGGAAGCAAUCCUGAAGGGAACACAGGUGUUAGGUGAGCACUCAUUAAACUUUGAGAAGGAACAGCACUACAGAAACAGCUCUAAAUAGCUGUAGCACAAGGCUACCAAGUACCUGACCUUGGAAGUACAAACUGCAUUAAGUAACAACUUAAGAAAGGGCACAGAGGGAGAGCGGAAGGGAAAAGUGUUUCUAAGGGAGAAAUUAACUCCUUCCACUAUGAAGUGGCUGAAUGAGAAGCAGAAGCCAUCCUGCAAGAGUUUUAUCUGUAUUUUUAAACCCUACUCAUAUGUGCUUAUCAAGAAGCCUCAUGAAAUGAGAUGCUAAAACUCAGCUUUAGUGAUGUCAGUUUUUUAAAGUAGGUACAGAACAUCAGAAAGCAGUAAUAGAGCAGGGUGGUAGCAAGCAAGCUGCUUUGCAGUAGGAAAUGAAGGCAGCUCACCCUGGACAAUAGGAGACACGGGGGUAGCUAUGAUUCAUCUAGCAGUUCAUGGUCAGAGAAGCAUAAGGUGUAAAGGAACACAUUAUGCCUGUGUAAGAGCAAGGCUGCCUGUAGACUCUGUAUCUAUUACUAAUACUUUUCUAUGUCAUUCUGCUAUGAAUCAAACUUCCAUCAUUACGGCUGCUUUCUAAAACCUUUUUAAGAACUAUAAAGAAAGUUUUAAGGAAAAAGGUACAGAAUUACGCCAGAAUUGCAGAGGGAUAUUUCAGAAUAAAACUGCUGUGAUUGGUUACAAUAAACUUGGAGAAUUGUUAA